AUGGUUACUUUGACUAAACUGGAAAAGAUUAGAAAAGAGGAGAAGGCCAAGGAGUUCAAGCCUUUGAUCGACGAUCUUAUUAAUUGCACCGAUGAGGAAUUCGUGGAAAAAUUGACAAAAAUCGUGGAGUGGGACAGAUCAAGGGACGACCUGUACACAUGGAUCCCAGUGCUUAAUAGAAUGGAUGAUUUUUUGAAUCGGAUUUUGGAUCGGUACUCAUACCGGAGUAACAACCGCAAAACUGAGCCGGUGAGGUUGACUAUGAUGAAUGAUGAUGAUGAAAAGCUUACUAAAGAGUUACUGGGGUUCAGUUGUCGUCUGCUCAACAAUAGCUGUAAUCGAUCACUAUAUUCGUCGUUGGACGUUAUGAGCCACCUCUUAAACUGUCCAAACUAUGGGGUCAAGCUUGGAGCCAUGAAAGUGAUUGCAAUCAUGGGGGAGCAACAGGUCGUGUCGCGGCAAAAAAUCGACAACAAAAACCUGCUGGGCAAUAAGGAUUUGAAAAGAAAAGCUCUGGAUCUAGCAUUAGCACUUCCGUCCUCCACUACAGAUGAUAAAAUGGACCAUUUUGCGUUGGUAGACCUUUAUUUUGAUAAGAAAAAAUUCCCUUCGAAGUGGUCAAAGCUCAAUUUCAGUUACUACACAACAUCAUCUUCGUCAACAUCUUCGUCAUCCAAAACACAUGCUGUCACUAGAUUUAGCAGUGGAGCGUUAAAGCAGUUUGUCAUGACGGCUGAAGAACUGUCGAGUCUGUCCUUUCAACAGCUGUUCGAUAAAGGUAUGGCAGAGAUUCCGUCAGACAGAUGGUUCGAUUUUUCUUUGCAUGCAACCAUUGCCAAGGCUUUUUGCGACAACACUUUCGUAAGCUUGGAUUUGAGGAACCUUGUCAUACAAACAAAAUUCAACGCCAUAGCGUAUAUCAACGCUGUUUACAUUCCUGCCCAAGUCAGUUCUCAAUUGUUCGAAGUUGAUCCCUACGCUUUCAACACCUUGACUGACUUCAUUUCAUUAUCUGAGCAGAAACUACCGAAGAACUUGAGAUUGGACGCGCUUUUCUGUUUAGAAUGUGUGUCACUUAAACAUAUAUGGUGCUCUGACAUUGUCAGGAACUUGGGUGGGAAUAUGUCACACGGACUUCUGUUCCAGAUUCUGAGAUACAUUGCGAAAAUUUUGAGAGACAAAAACUAUGAAGAAUUGGACGAAGAGUAUAACGUGAGAUUCUUCUAUCUGGUAUCAAAUUUAGCUGACGUCAAGUCUUUGCAGGACUCAUUGCUCACGGCGGGCCUCAUUCCAAAUCUGUUAGAGGUCAUUUCCAUAAAGGACUCACCAUUCAAACGCACCUUGGCCUCUGCGACUCACCUCUUGGAAGUUUUCAUAGAUGACGCCGAUGCCACAACAGAAUUUAUUUCCAACAACGGCUUCAAUAUACUCAUUGAAUGUAUCAACGAGGAAGUGUCGUUUGCAUUGGAGCACCCAGAAUUUGGGAAACCACCGAAAUAUCCAGUCGUUUAUUAUUCCAUCUCUUUUCGGCAACUUGGGUAUAUCAGAAGCUUACUGAAACUUGUUUUAAAGUUGCUAAAGACAGAUUCAGGAGAUAGGAUCAGAAAUUUGAUUGACUCUCCGAUCCUCUUAGCUUUGAACAAGAUCUUGGGCAACAGACCGGUUUUUGGUUACACCCUCGUUACGUAUGCAUUAGAUGUCGUUCAGACGAUUAUUAACACUGAGCCGACCAUCUACCCCAUUCUAGUAGAAUCAAAAACGAUUCCAUACAUUUUUGAUCAUUUCCCGGAUUUUCUAGGACCAUCAGGAGAACUUCUCUCGCUACUUCCAGAGCUCAUUUCUGCCUUGUGUUUGAAUGUUGAUGGUCUCAACCAAGUCAAAGAAAAAAUGCUCAUAGACUACUUGUUCGAAAUCAUGAAAAGGCCAGAACUCGCCAAGAUUAUGUCGUAUGAAGACUCAGCGAUUGAUCUCGGCACGUCAAUUGACGAACUUGCUAGGCAUUACCCCGAUUUAAAGCCAGACAUUGAGAUGAACUUUAACGUCACAGUUCAGACUUUGCCUGAAAUAAUAGAAUUCAAUCAACCUUACGUUUACAGGUCUAUCACAGGCGAAGGAGAGUUCUAUCGUUCUAAAACUGACAAAAUUGUGGACAAUGAACUCGAUAGCUUUGAAAUAGGAGGCGGGGCAGUGGAGCAGCCUUUUUCGAUUCUUGAUUGCUUUUCCGCGGUUUUCUAUGGAUUAACACUAGAAAAUGUUUCUUGGGCAAGCCUCGCGGACGAAAUCGAUAUUGAACAUAUGCUGAAGGUGGUUAUCCAGGAAAGACCACCCUUUGAUUACGUAGGAUCUCAGACACUGCUGAAUUUCUCUGAUAUUCUCAAACUCUUUGAUGAUGAAAGAAGGAGCUACGCUCUACCCGCCUUGAUGAAACUUCUCUCUGAACAACUCACUGAAGUAGAGGCUUUUUUGAACUUCCCUUUUGAGGAAUCAUACGUUCUAUCAACAAGUUACGAUGAGCUUGAUGAAACGUUGCGCAAGCUUUCGGUGAUAAAUGUUAUUCUUUACGUCAUAACAGACAUUUACGUUAACAUUGCUUCUCUAUUCCCGAUCCGUGUGCUGCAGAUCAUGGAAUUUUUCGAGAAAAAUGGCUUAGAGCUGAUACCCAAGCUCGGUUUACUAUUUCAGCGAAGCGCGUUAGAAGAGAUGUACAUUCGCGAUCGGUUACCUGAUCAAGUUGCGAGCGAAACAACUGUGAGACCAAUUGGGAAUACGCCACCUUUGACACUUUAUGCAUGCAAGCCCAAAAAAUUGGAGAGCACUCCAGCGAAAACAUCGGCAAAAUUCAAGAAUACCCUGCAAGAGCGACACCUUUUUGUCAAAAUGCAAUCCUGGGUGUCAAUGCUUUUUAGGUGUUUCUUGAGGAUGACACACGCAAGGAAAAUGACUGUGGAAGCUUCCGAUAGAGCUCUUGAGAUUAAAAUAUUCGACACUGCUGUGAAUGAAAUAGUUAGAAUGAUGGAUCUGAAGUAUUUGGAAUCUCAUCUUGGUUACUACCUGGUGCUUUUCAACUUCAACACUUUCGUUUUCACGUUUCCGAAUGUGACAACAUCGGUUGGUGGUACGUUGCAAACAGUUCCAGCAUUUCUCUUUUAUCAGGCUAAAGGCUAUCUACUAUACUUUCAGGCCAUCAAGCGACUCUUCGCCAGGUUGCAAACCUGUGACAAUGUUGAAAGCAUAGAAAAAUACGACUUCGUGAAAGAUACUCCUGACGUUUUAACCGCUAGUGCCCUUAUCAAUGCUUUGUCCUUUCUCAACAAAUCGAUUCAAAUGGAUACCAUGGAAAAUAUCAGGAACACUAAAGAGUAUUAUCCAUUUGAUGAGGUAUAUUACAAUUUGACAACUGCUCUUAUUGUGCCCAUCAAGAUUUUGGCCUUGGGACUUGUUGAUGAGGUCACAAGGGACUAUGCGGUUUUUGACAAUAGCUCUACCAGGCUACCAUACUCAGUUUUCAAACAACUAUUAAGUGUUAUUAGAAAUGUUUACAACAACACUUCAGAAGGAGAGGAUCACGAACUUUACGAAUUAAGGUGGGACCUCAUGCCCCCAUCCCACAGGAAAGUCGAGAUGUUGAAGGCAAGCGGAGUAUCCGAGGACAUUGCAAGAGGAUACCUCGAAGAGCAGAAGGAUGAUUUACCCAUACAUGUAAAACCUGAUGUCUUCUCUGAUGAUGAAUGGAGCAGAUACAAAAGCUUAAAAGAUAGUGGAGAAUGGAGAACUGAUUUGAGAGUUCUGGAGCCUCAGUACAAAGGCAAUGGCUCUGUAAGCGACUUGAAUGCGUUACGGUCAGAGUUCUAUCAUCAGGGAUUUGAGGACCGCGUUUUGCAGCUGUUACCAGCCUACCCAAAGUUGAUAAAUGCUAUAUCUCACAUGAUUCUCCAAAUCUUGAAGGACGUCGAUAAAUCACCUGCCAGUAUCGUUGCAAAAUUAUUAAACAUGAUGCGUGGUACAAAACUCGAUAAUUCAUCAGUUCUUGCCCCUAUGAUUCACCUUUUUGGCAUACUUUUGAAUAACAAGGGCAUCUAUGAUGAUUGCAAAGUGUAUACCCAGCAAUUUGUUUCCUAUUUGAAAAGCUCACUGCGUCCGGGGUAUGUCAACACUGCUUGGUUCUCAAAGGCACUCUACGUGUAUGAGAUAAUUUUUGCUAAAUCCGAGGCGCCCAAAACUGAUACCACUUCUGCUGAUUUUGAGGCAAAAUUCCAUGUUACCUGCCCUACUCUUUUUAAUGCUGUUGAAAUAUCUCCUGACGCCAAGCUCGAGAUAUUUAAUUCCCUAAUUCGAGUAGACGAGAUAACGGAUUUCUAUUCGGCGCUUGCGAUUUCACGCAUACUCAUACUAUACACCCGGGACCAAAAGUAUGCGUUUGAAGUAACCCAGUCGGGCGUGCUUUCCAAGCUGCUCAAGACCAUUGGUGUUUUUCAAAAGUCAGAUAAGAUCAAUUACCUAGAGUCCUCCUUUCUUCUCCUCGCCAGACGAUGUUUCGAAAAUGGGGAGACGGUGAGGAAUUUGAUUCAGUUUGAACUCUCGAGAGCUUUCACAACAAGGGCGAUUGGCGAUUCUAAAGAAAAGCCGCGAGACCUUUCGGGGCUGAUAUCAGAGAAAGCGAACGUCGUCAUGCGAGAAUCGGAAGUAUUCGUAAAUUGCAUUUGUGAAACAGCAAGGUUUGAAGAUUUUGACAAUCCUGAUGUACUACAGAAUCUAAGCGUUCGAAGAAAUUUGAAAGAGCGCGACGAAGAAAUGUCCGACAUCAAUUCGCCUACCGAAGGCAAAUUGACUUUAAACAACAGAACUGGUAUCGUUCACCUCCUUCUAUCCCAGUUGAUGGCUGCAUAUAAAAAGGACUGGACAUCUGAACCCCCAAGAGAAGAUGAAAACGAGGAAACGAAAAAGAAAGAUGACGUAAAUGUUGGUAGAAAUCCGGUUUGUGCUUACAUCAUAUUUUUGUUGAAGGUGUUGAUUGAAUUGAUCGGCAGUUACAAGCAGAGCAAACUCGAAUUCCUCACUUUCAAUAAGAGGAACCUCUACGUGGAAGCACCCAAGCCACGGACGACAGCUCUCAAUUUCAUCCUCUAUCAGCUACUGGAUACGGAAAGUCGUGAUCAAGACAAGCAUUACUCUGAAAGGAAAGAGGUUGUCGGAAAGCUGGCCCGUGAUCUUGUUGUAGGCUUUCUAUCUUCUGUUCAAGAUCAAGAGAUACAGAAAAAGGACCCAAAAGUAACAGAUCCGGACAUGACGUAUAUUAGAAAAUUCACCAUUGAGUCGGUCACGAAGGCUUUGAGAGCCUCUACUAGGACUCCAAAGAACUUGGAAGCUAAUGUUGGUAAGUUUUAUGGCUGGCUUCAACUCAUAAGCUCCUUCCUGGUGACCGAUCGAAGUUACCUCCAUUCCGUUUUGGACUCGAACAAAACUUACGUCGACAAAUACCAGAUCGGGAAGUUGAUGAUAGAUAUGAACCUUCCCACAACUAUUGCUGAGUGUAUGGCCACGCUAGACCUGAACUACCCUUUCUCGAAACGACUUUUCAACAAGAGCGUAGAACCUUUAAAUGCCAUGAACGAAAUACGGAGCAGAUUUUCUGACCUUUUCAAAAUUGAGAACACUGAGGAAGACGAUGAUGUUGAGGAUGAAUCUGAAAAAGAAGAGCACUCAGAUAUGUUCAGAAACUCUGCAUUAGGAAUGUAUGAUGUCGAAGAUAUUGAGGAUGAUGAGGACGACGAUGCUUCGCUGAUUGGCGAAGACGAAGAUAUAGCGUUUGUUGAAGGUGAAGAUGGUGAGAUCGAAGUUGUUUUCAGCGAUGAUGAAGAGGAGCAUCACCAUCGUCAUCAUCAUCGCCACCACGAAGAUGAUGUAACUGAUUCCCAGCAUGCUGGGGAAAGCGAGGAUCUUGAAGACUCAGACGAAAGCAUGGCUUAUAACACCGAGGGCGACGAUGAUCUGGACUUGAAUUCCGAAUCACAGUCGCAAGGUGAUCAAGACGAUAGUGGAAGCGACCAAUCCUCUUAUUACUCGGAUGAAGAGAGCCCAAUGCACUUUGUUGGUGUUCACGACGAUGUUAGCGGUCAGGUGAUAGAUGUUGACCUUGGCAGCUCCGAACUGGACGAAAGCGAUUGGGAGUCCGGUCUUUCAGAGCUUUCCGGCUCUGAUGACGACAGUUCUGGAGACGACUUCAACGACGAGGUCAAUGAUGGGGAAAGGUGGCUAGCUGACGAAGUAGACAUGGAAGAGGAAUCUGAUGACGAGAGCAGGGGGCUUUUCACAGGAAUCCAGCAUGUGUUUUCUCCUGAGCCGCAGUAUUUCCGCAUCCAUGGCCAUGGCCACGGUAGCCACCGUGGUCAGCACCACGGAGGUCGCCGUUCCGAGUUUUCAAUGGUGGCUCCCUCCAUCAGUCUAUUGAAUGGUAACAGGCGAACGCAAAGCAUUCUCAUGAACCCCUUAGGUCCAUCGGGGCUUGAGGAGGUUGAAAAUGGAAUUCUCAAUCAGCUAAAUAGCGUGGGGAACACCAGUCGCCUGAGAAAUGACACCGGAUACCUCUCGGAUGUAUUAUUCAACGGAGAGUUCUUUGAUGAAAAGUCUUCCUCCGGCAUUGUUUUGAAAUCCACAACAGCUAGAUGGAACGAUAUUUAUGAAAUGUUCUAUGAUUCUAAGGUCUACGUCAAUAACGUCAUACCUACCAUUGUUGAGAGGAUUUUCCAACCUAGCUCAGAAAUGUGUCUCAGAAAGAGGAAUGAAAGUUUUGAAAGGGAUCAAGAGCAGAAGAAGAAGCGUGAAGAAGAGACUCGACUAGCUGAUUCUAAAAAACGAAAGGUCCAAGAGGAGAACGAACAUGAUUCACAGGAUAGCAAUGGGUCAGAUAAUAAUUCUGAUCAUAACCUCGACGAUUUAGAACCUAUAAUGGUUGAUAUUGCCGGCGAGCAAGUUGAUAUCGCCGGUACUGAUAUUGACCCUGAGUUUAUGAAUGCUCUUCCUGACGACAUGAGGGCUGAAGUUUUUGCUCAGCAUAUCCGUGAGCGGCGUGCGGAGGCCAUUGAUCAGUCUGUUGCUUCGAGAGAAAUUGACUCUGACUUUUUGGAUACGAUACCCGAAAACUUGCGCGAAGAAAUCUUAGAACAAGAAGCAGCGGAGUCCAGAUUUUCUAGACUCAUGAACAAUUCCCAUGAAACGGAAGCUGCUCAGGAUUCUCAUGACCACCAACAAGCAGACGGCGAAGACGAGGGCCACGCCACGAAGAAAAAGUCUGAGAGGACGUUCUUCUCGCCCCUGGUAGAUCGCUGUGGAAUAUUGGCUCUCAUGAGGUCACUUUUCAUCUCUCAGCCAUAUCUAGCCCGAGAAGCAUACCAUGAAUUGUUUUUCCGGCUUUGUUCAAGUAAACAAAAUCGGAGUGACAUUAUGAAUAUUCUGAUGCUUAUUCUGACUGAGGGUAUUAACGAUCAGAAAUCCAUGGAGAAGGUUUACAACCUUAUCUCGAACAAAUCUUUAGGAGCUCAGAAACAAGGAAGUAACAGGAUGUUACCUAUUGAUUGCACGCCCUUAACCCUGGCAAACCAGACCAUAGAAGUUUUACAGAAUCUAGUGGAAACAGAAAGUAGAAUGAAGUUUUUCUUCAUCACGGAACAUGAGAACUUACUGAUCAACAAAACACCUUUGAAAAACAAAAAGGACAUUUUCACGAAAAACAUGAAAUGGCCCAUAAACUAUCUGUUUGGUCUUUUUGAAAAGAAAAUCAUUACGGAUGAAUCCGUUUUGUUGGAUUUACUGACUCGAAUUUUGCAAAUCAUAACAAAGCCCAUUUUGACAAUUGCAAAGACAUCCAAUGAGGGAUCGCAGAAAAAGUUUACUGUUCCUGAUAUUGAGAGGAAACAUCUAGAGGCGAUAGUCUCUGUCAUUAGGCUGGACGCUUGCAACACCAAGGUUUUUCAGCAGGUUCUCAAUAUCAUGACACAUCUGUCAACCAUUAAAGGAACAAAGGAAGUGUUUACGGCAGAGCUGUGCACUCUGGCUAUACAAACUGUCAAAGUUUUGAAGCCAGACCUCGAUGCACUGAGGUCCGAAAUCUGUGACGUGGAGAGUGGUGUCGAAAUAAACUAUGAGACGAUACAGAAAUUCACGGUACACAGUUCUGAUCAGGCCAAGCUCCUGAAAGUCCUGACUGCUAUCGAUUACAUUCAUACGAGCAAGAAGAAAACUGGCGAGAUCAAUGUCGAUGCACUCAUGGCCCUUUACGAUAAAAUCAAGUUAGGCGGAAUAUGGACUUCUCUUGGACAUUGUCUUGAGCAAUUCGAACAACGCCCUUCCUUGAGUUCCUCCGCGAAUAUUCUACUUCCGUUGAUUGAAUCUCUCAUGGUCGUUUGCAAGCAUAGUAAGGUCAGGGACUCCAAAGAUACUUUGAAAUAUGAAGAGAGAAAAUCUGAUUUUAGUGAGAUAGCAGCUGAAAACACUUUCUUUGCAUUUACAGAUUUGCACAAAAAGUUAUUAAACCAAAUGAUUAGGUCAAAUCCAAAGCUUAUGAGCGGGCCCUUUGCUCUACUCGUGAAAAAUCCGAAAAUACUUGACUUUGAUAACAAAAGGUACUAUUUUAUUGCCAAGCUACGGACAAAUGUACAAGAAAAACCUAAGCUGUCUAUUUCUGUCCGGAGAGACCAAGUCUUUCUGGACUCUUACAGAUCUCUUUUCUUCAAGUCGAACGAGGAUAUCAAGAACUCCAAACUCGAGAUCACUUUCAAGGGCGAAGCUGGUGUUGACGCUGGCGGAGUGACCAGAGAAUGGUAUCAGGUUCUGUCUCGUCAAAUGUUCAACCCAGACUAUGCCUUGUUCUUACCAGUUGCCUCUGACAAAACGACAUUUCACCCCAACCGGACAUCUGGUAUUAACCCAGAGCAUCUAUCGUUUUUCAAAUUCAUCGGUAUGAUCAUUGGAAAAGCUAUUUGUGAUCAGUGCUUUUUGGACUGCCACUUCAGCAGAGAGGUUUACAAGAAUAUUUUGAGUAAACCAGUGGCCCUCAAAGACAUGGAAUCUUUGGACCUCGAUUAUUACAAGUCGUUGAUUUGGAUCUUAGAAAAUGACAUCACCGAUAUCAUAGAAGAAACAUUUUCCGUAGAAACAGACGAUUACGGUGAGCAUAAGGUUGUAGAUCUGAUCGAAAAUGGGAGCGGCAUCCCUGUAACCGAGAGAAACAAACAGGAAUAUGUCAAAAAAAUCGUUGAAUACAAGCUACACACUUCGGUCAAAGAACAGAUGGAUAAUUUCUUGCUUGGAUUUUAUGCCAUUAUUCCUAAGGACCUGAUUUCAGUCUUUGAUGAACAGGAGCUCGAAUUGUUGAUUAGCGGCCUGCCAGACAUCGAUGUCGAUGACUGGAAGAACAACACCAAUUAUGUCAACUACACGCCAACUUGCAAGCAGAUUAACUACUUCUGGAGAGCUGUCCGGUCAUUCGACACUGAAGAGCGCGCCAAGUUAUUGCAAUUCAUCACCGGUACCAGUAAAGUUCCCUUAAGUGGUUUCAAAGAAUUGACGGGUGUCAACGGCAUCAGCAAGUUCUCCAUCCACAGAGAUUACGGAGCAACGGACAGACUACCUUCAUCGCAUACCUGUUUCAACCAGCUGGAUCUCCCCGCUUACGACUCGUACGAAACCUUGCGUGGUUCUCUGUUGCUAGCAUUGAACGAAGGACACGAAGGUUUUGGUAUAGCCUGA